GACCUAAUGUGGAGACUGGCUCAUCAAGCUCUUCCUUUAGAAUACCGACUACAACAUAUAAACCGAAAUGAGCUAGGAGACUGUCCAAACUGUCAGCACAUUACUCAAACCAUUGAACAUUUUGCUCUAAAAUGCCUGCUAAGCAAAAAAAUUUGGGAGACAGCCUAUA